CUCGUCUUGUACACAUGUCCACACUUCCACAGGUGCUUCAUCGAAGCGCAAGGGGUAGAAGAAUCCUCCUGCAGGCCCGACCUCAGCACCGAAGAUAGAGCGAGGACUCGAACUGUCUGCUCAGACGCCACCUUGUCCGGGCUAACCUCCAGCCAUGUCGUCGGAAGAGCCCAAGUCAACCCAGAAUGGCGGUGACAACGGUGACAGGGAGCAGGAGGAGCUCGUGCCGUCGUCUUUUAAACGCCCUGACCCCGAUGUGGUGCUCAACGACGAGGGCAACCCAGAACAUCUGCUCGGCGCUGAAUCGGAUGCCGAGACGGACGAUGCUGAAGCAACAGCACGGAAGCGACUCUCAGAUGCCCUGGAACUCACCAGCGAACCAAUGGCAAGUACACAGUAUGCAACUCCCAAGCCCAAUCGCGCUAGCGCAGUAUUCACAGCGGGCUCUGGCGAUGCGACGAGCGAGCCGCAAGAGGACCCCAAGGAGGUGAUCGAGGCUUUGCAGGCGCAAAUCAAAGAUCUCACCGCCCAGGUCACCGGGCUCAACGGCAAGCUGGUUGGCUCCUUUGAACGCGUGGCGGAUUUGGAGGAUGACUUUUCCGAAGCGCAGCGCCGCCUCGAUUCGCAGACGUCCAAGAUCAGCAGUCUCGAAAAGGAGCGCGAAGAGCAUCUGGCCGCGCUCAACACCGGGCUACUGGUUGAAAAGUCCCACGUGAGCACAGAGAUGCAGCGUAUGAUGGAUCGUGUCAUCGAGGAGACCGCGCAGCGUGGCAAGGCAGAGAGCGACAAGAAGCGCAUCGAGGAGGAGCUGGACGAGCUUAGUGCGAGCCUUUUUGACGAAGCCAACCGCAUGGUGGCAGUCGAAAAGCUCGCACGCGCAAGGGCAGAGGAGAAAGCAGAGGCCAUGCAAAAGAGCCUCAAGGAUACCGAGGGCGUCAUGCUCGAGCAGCAAAAGGUCCUCGCCAGUCUCCAGCGACAGAUUGAAGAGCAGCAACAACAUGCGGCCAUCUCUGACAACGCUUCAACCAAGAGCGGAGCAGAUAGUGGGCUCAAGAUCGAGUCUCUCGCACGCUCUCCGUCGCAGAGGACACAGUAUCCGAGCCGAGCGAGUGGGACGAAACGAGGCAUGACGCCUACCAUGCAAGUGCUCAUCAAUGUUCAACCUUAUCGAGAAUUUGCCUCGUUCCUUCAUCACAUCCGAAAAUUGCGGCUGCAACUUAAGCCAUUUUACUCAUAUCCAUUGCCAGGACUAUCUCGCUCGACGACGCCAGCAUCCAGCGUGUCAGAUCCUUCCUCGGGCGGCGUGCACGUCUCGCCGUCUCCCUCCCAAUCCAGCCUUUCGCCUUUUGCUAUCGCUGGCAUUGGGCGACAUCGCGAUUACCCGACGCUACCUUCCAGUGCCGAGGACUUCGUGCGUCUAUCCAACCAGCUUUCCCUGCCCUUCAUCAAGCGCUCCCAGGAAGAAGACACAGAGCCCUGCCUGCGACUGGACGUCGCACCUGGUCUCAACUGGCUCUCGCGGCGCCAGGCGAACACGGCGAUUCUGGAGGGAAAUCUCGUCGUCGAGCCCAUCUUCCCAGGUGGCAUUGUUCCGGAUGCCGAUGAGGUGCGCGCACGCAAUGCUCACAUGCCGCCCGCCGCCUGCGCGUUGUGCGGGACGCAAGUAGUUAACGUACCCGUUGGUAGCAACGGCUCUUCUGACGCAACGUCAUCGGGCGGCGUCAAUAGCGACCAGCAGCACAAACACAGUUCCAUUUCCAGCUCCACGGCGAGCUGGGCGAACUCCAUUUCCGCUGUCACGGGCUCAGCGGCAAGCUCGAUGCUGGAAGCCGCUGGUGUCCGAGACCGCGAUAGGAAGCAUGGUGCAGAAAAGAGCGGGGCUGGUGGUGGAAGCGGAGCGGCAAGCACCAGUCACGGUGACACCGGCGCAGCGACAACUGCUGGAGAAGGCAGCGCUACGACGAGAAGUCGCACGGGUCUCUUCUCUGGCCUUAGGCUGGCUUCCGCCAGCCCCAAGCCAGAGCGAGCGGGUGCGAGCAUCGCCCAAAGGUUGCCUGGUCUGCCCGGCCUCGGACUUGGCAGCUCAUCCGAGACCGAUGAUGUUAACCCGUCGCUCACGCCCAAAGCGACCUUCAUCCCUCCGAUCCCUACGCAUAUCUUCCGCCUCUCGGACAAUGCAAAUGCGCGCUACCUUCUUUGCCCGCAUCACUGCCUCGACCGCUUGCGCGCAGUCUGUGCCUUCUGGGGCUGGCUGCGCGCCUUGGAACGUUCCAUCAUCUUAGAGGGUCGGACGCCAUGGGACGAGUAUCCGAUCACAGGCACCGCGGAACCUCCGACGCGUCAAGCAUCAUCCAAUUUCGACCACAUCUCUUUCGAGGACAAGGACCUGGCUCCCAAUGCCGAUACCCUGACCGAAUCGAUAGCUGUGUCUGUCCUGGAGGAACGAGUUGCGAAAGACGAAGAAGAAGGUAAGAAGAGCGCUGAAGAAGGCGAUGCGGAGAAGCGGAACGCAUAUGGAGAGGUACAAGGCGGGCAAACAGUCGAUGCUGUCAGUGAGGAAGUGAAUAACUCGGAAACCAUCAAAGAAAAGUCGGAUACAUCUCCAUUAGAGCCCCCAGUAGCGCCAGCAGAAACGGCGACAACGCCUGCAACGCAGCCUCCCCCCAUACCAGCUCGCAGGCGGCCGGUUCCUCCACCACCAGGUGGCGCCGUAGACAGCAAAAUAGCCAAUAUUGAACCGGUCCCUCGCGUCACGCCUACCCCGCCUCCGGCCUCGCUGCUCAUUGCUCGCAGCGUCAUCCCGGUGGAAGGUGGCGACGAUCUCAACUGGGAGGAGAGGCUCUGGCAAGAAGCUAUCAAACUCAAGGAUGACAUGUAUCGCGCAAGGAUGGGAUUCCGCGAGGUCACUACAGCGUAAAUAGUGUAAUUCAAAUGUGGCGAUUUUCGGCAGUGCGCCGACUUAGCGCCCAUGCUUCUAUAAUCGUGACGAAGCC